AUGAACACAACCGCAAUAUAUCUAUUGCGUUACUGUUUGGGGGUGAUAGAAACCCACCUAAUCUGGGCACGAGAUAUUGGAUGGGCACGAGGAGAAUACGGCCGGGCUGAACAGCUCUCUAAGAUCGCAGCUCGGCUUUGUUCGAAAAGGGGCUGGAGACUGAGGUUGCGGCCAAGGUUGUUUCGCUGGGCACGACCCGAAAAAGCUGGGCAUACGAGAUGCGGCCGGACAGCUCGAAUGGAGUUUGGAAAUAGCGGCCGGGAUUGGAGAAAUAUGCGACCGGGCGUGAUGAAUAGGCAGCUGGGCACGAUUUAG